AUGGCCUCCUUAAGCUGCCACUUUCGUUCCACCAACUUGUUCAAUUCUAAGAAUGUCAAUAGCAGGAAGAAGAAACGUUUCAUUUUGUGCUCGGCGCAGCCUACACAAAGCAAUAUUAAGGUUGUGAUUAAUGGAGCAACCAAGGAAAUAGGAAGGGCAGCCGUAGUGGCAGUGACUAAGGCUAAAGGAAUGGAGGUUGCAGGAGCUGUGGAUAGUUGUCAUGUUGGGGAAGAUAUUGGAAAGGUCUGUGGCAUGGAAGAGCCCCUUGAAAUACCCAUAAUAAAUGACCUUACUUUGAUUUUGGGCUCUAUAUCGCAGUCCAAGGCAAUCGGAGUUGUAGUUGAUUUCACUGACCCUUCCUCAGUAUAUGACAACGUAAAACAGGCAACAGCAUUUGGCAUGAAAAGCAUAGUUUACGUGCCCCGAAUCAAAUUAGACACGGUAGCUGCAUUAUCUGCUUUCUGCGAGAAGGCCAGCAUGGGUGUGUUGGUUGCUCCAACCCUUUCCAUAGGAUCAAUAUUGUUGCAACAAGCUGCAAUUUCUGCUUCUUUCCAUUACAGUAACGUCGAAAUUGUGGAAUCCAGGGAUAAUGCUAAAGAUCUUCCAUCAGCAGAUGCAAACCAAAUUGCCAAAAAUCUCUCCAACCUAGGUCAGGUCUAUAACAAGGAAGACCCUUCAACAGAUGUCUUGGCAAGGGGUCAAGUCCUAGGAGAUGGAAUUCGUGUUCACAGUUUGGUCCUUCCAGGACUUCCUUCUAGUACAACAGUUCACUUCUCUGGUCCAGGAGAGGUUUACUCUAUCAAGCAUGAUAUCACAGAUGUGCAGUGUCUAAUGCCAGGCUUGCUAUUAGCCAUCAGAAAAGUAGGGCGUCUCAAGAAUUUGGUAUAUGGCCUGGAGAAGUUUAUAUGA